CUUAACAUUGUGUGAGUGGGUGGUGUUUUCUUUUCCCCAACUGUUGCUCUCUCUCUCUCUCUCUCCCCAUUUGUGAAUCUCCAUGUUCUUUCUUCUAUUCUCCUUUCAGCACCUGAAGGGACAUUAAAAUCUCAUCUGCUAUUUUUGAGCGUCUGCUCUGUUUUGCAGACCAGUUGUAGUACAUGAGGGGGGCAUCAAAUCAGGUGAGGUGAGGAAAAGAAAGGGUGCCUCUUUUGCUGUACGGGGGGUUUGGUGCUCUCUCAGCUAGCUUGUUUUGUUUUGUUUUGUAGACGGCUGUUGCUUCAGAGCUAAAAAUCCUUGGUUGUGCUGGAGGCUAAGCAUAAGAGCAGGCCCGGUUGCAGUAAAGCACUUGUACUGCUGCAAUUCUGAGCAUUAGGAAAAUAGAGAAGGCCUUCUUCAGAUGUCAUCUGUAGAAAACUCUUCAGACCCCUUAGUUCCCUGCAAGGCUUCGGCAUUGAAAGGUGAUGAGAGGGAUUCUGAUGAGCCUGCCUUCCAAGAGUCCGCAGAUCCAGCAGGCCUUGCUGAGACCCAGCCCCCUCAUUUUUCCAUAAGAGAUUAUGUUCUCAAUUUGCGGAGCAAAGAUGUCACGAAGAAUUGGCCGUUUCCUUGCAAAUUUUUGCAGCUUUGCUUGGAGUGUGGUGUCAAAGAUAUAUUGCCACCUUUUGAAUCGCCUGAUUUGGUAAGAGCCCAAUUCUGCAGAAGAGGAGCAGAAUCCCAGCAACAAAUUGCAUGCUCAUACAGUGAACAAAUCUCAGCAGAGGUCAAACCACUUGAAACUAAAGAUGUUGGUCGAGAUGAUGAUGAGGAGCCCAAUAUCAUCAUGCAUGAAUUGUGCCUGCCACCAGAUCAAUUGGCUAUAGAGUGCUCAAAUCGAGCUCAAAACUUAUCCUCAAAGUCUAUGAAACCGAAGAUCGAUCACAAAAUCCAUUCAGGUGAUGAACUGAUUGGUGUCGAAGCUGAACCUAUCUCCACCAUUACGGGUCAUGAUCAGAUUGAGAGAAUCUCAGGUAAGAUCAGUGAGCUUCCUUGCACAGUACAUGUAACUAAAUGUGCCUCAGGUGGAUCAUUAGCAUUAGAGGUUGGGGAGCCUCCUUUAUUGCCGGAAAAGCUUGAUGUCAGACAUGAAUCAUCAGAGAAUAAGUGCAAGUUAAUAGUAAAGUUGAGCAGCACUUCCGAGACCAUCCAGGGAGAAGACAUAGUAUCCACUUCUAGCACUGUUUCAGAUACCAUGGCUUCAAAGGUCUGCCCUGUUUGUAAGACGUUCACAUCCACAUCCAACACCACUUUGAAUGCUCACAUCGAUCAGUGCCUGUCUGAGGAUUUUAAAACUAUGCGGCGCAUGACCGAACUCUCGAAACUCAGAGCGAAACCAAGGAAGAAAAGGCUGAUGGUGGAUAUCUACACUACCGCACCUCACUGCACCAUUGAAGACCUUGACAGAAGAAAUGGCACAAACUGGGCUACAGAUUUAACUUUGGUGGCACCAACCAGGGAGGUGGGCACUGAAGUCAAAAGAUCAAAGCUGUCAAUGUCAGGUACUAUAAAUGAUGUAAAUGAAGGGGCUGUUUAUGUUGAUUCAAAUGGGACGAAGCUUCGAAUUCUAUCUAAGUUCAAUGAUGUACCAAGGGAGGAUUUUAAGCUGAGGAAGCAUGUGAAAGGCAUUAAAGCAGGCAGGAGUUCUUUGAUUAGCAAGAAAAAGUGUCUGAAAUCAAAGUACUCAAAGUGUGCAGAAAUUAGUCAACGGAACAAAAGACUACAUUCAUUAGAGCUGUUUAAAGAGAAGACUCAAGUGACACAAAUUGGAGAUUGUCAUUCAAGCACUUAUGAAGAGAAGGAAGAAUCCCUAUCAUGCAUACUUAAUGCUCAAGACCAAGUCAAGGGUCAUGGUCCUGGAACUUUAAGGCAGUGGGUAUGCUCUAAGCGCUCGGGCCCCUCUAGAAAACUCGACAAGAAAGGCUAUGAUAAAAGCAUGGAAAGCACUGUGCCUAGCACUAUGGACACUUUAGUAGAAGGUAAUCAGUCAAAUCCAGCUGACUCUUCUGUUGUUAAAAGCCAUAUUCUGAAACUCUCUAGGUCAUCUGAGGACUUGCUGUCUUCUACAAAGACCAAGAGAGUGGAUGUUCUAUCUAAUUCUGUCCAUGCCACUUACAAUGGGAAGACAAGGCCUCCAAAACCUCUUGAUUCGAAUUCUGGAUUAUCCCCUCAAAACAUUUCUUCAGAAAGUGCUCUUAUGCUGAAACUGACAAGAUCAUCCAGGAAUUUUGUUUCUUCUCCAAGAAGCCAAAGAGAAGAGAUAAACUUGAGCACCAUACAUAAGACUGAUAGUUCUUCUGACAUUGCUAUAAUACCUUAUGGAAGUUGUCAUCCCUCACUUAAAACCAAAAAAAGAUUAAUGCCAAAGAAUAAUGUUUUGCUGGGAAAAUCAUCCUCUUUGGAAGUGAGCAAAGGUGAUGAGAGAGAGAAAAGAUCGACUAUCAGGAAGUUCAGUAAGCAAAGAUCCAUAUUAAGCAAUGGUAAACAGAGAGAAAAGUUACCAUCUGGCAUCAACAAAGGACUGCAUGCUUCUCCUGAAUAUGUUGGCUUUGAAUACUCUCCAAGAGCUAAUGAAACAAGCAAUGCUGACUUGCCCAAUUUCUCUGAGACUAUACCAAUCUCCAGUGUCCCAGGAUCUGAACGAGAACGAGAUGCCUUCUGUACAAUGGCUAAGCAGGAGUCUACUAAAACGAAGUUGCAUAUGGGAGCUGACUGUUACAGUUUUGAUGUUGAAGCUUCAGAUAUGCAGCAUGAGCCCUUGGACUGUGAAGAUAUUACAAAUGAUCAUUCCAUGGAUAAAGCUGUGGAUGAACAUGGUGGCAGUGAAAAUCUAAUUAUUCAAUGUUUGACACCAGCUUCCAGUCCCGAAUUAGACCCAUGGCCAUCCGGACAAGAACACCUAGAAUCUGUCUGUGGAUCUGAAGCACCUGUAGAAAGUGGAUUGAUUGAUGAGCAAGUCAUGCUUUGUCAUGAUGUUGCCAGUAACAAAAUCAUUAAUAAGAACAUUGAAAAGGUGGGUGAAGAGGGAAAUUUGUUCAGAGUUAUGCAAUUAGAAGACCAAACAAAGACUUCCAUUAAAGGGUCUUCUACUUGUUUGAUUGGCCAUGUGGAUAUGGUUCCUGAAUCUCCUCAAAAGAAUUCAUCGGCAACCUCCAUGAGGAUGACAUCAAGUCAAGAUCAUAAUUUGCAUGGUGGUGUAGAAGCAUCUGCUUCUCCUUCAACUUCCUCAAACAUCUCUCUCCGUUCUCCUGAAGUUUCCCAGUCAGAAGAUGCCAACAAAGAACAAUUUGUAAGACAUAAUGCUGACCAAGAUAAUUUAAGCUCAAGCUUCUCAAAUAACUCAGAAUUGCCAUCCAUAGUAAACAUUAGAGGAACUGAAGGAAUGAAGGAAGAGAAAAGGGAUCAAAAAGUUAAAGCAAUUGCAGUGGCACAGGAACCUGAAAAAUUGUCAGAUGAUCAACCUUGCUGCUGCUUUCACAGGGAAAGUCUUUCACAAGAAUCUCUUCAGCUCUUAAGACAAAGUAUCAUGACUAACUCAGUGUUUCCUUCAAAAGUAAAGCAGGUUGUAUCCAACCCGUGCAUUAGACCGGUCAUCUUGUCUUCCAGUGCUUUUCAUAGUUUGAGAGCAGGUGAAAUGUCUGCCCCCAUCCUGGAGUCGCCAACUGAAUCCAUUUUAACAAAAACUCCUUCAGAUCUUGCUUCUAAAAUCCCACCAGGUAUUGAUUCUAGGCCACCAAGUCCAUAUUCUCAGGCUCAGGGCCAGGCCUCUUCCAAUCCACUGCUGAGGCUGAUGGGUAAGGAUCUAAUUGUGAAAACAGAAGAGUUGGCCGAGCAUCAUACAAUUCUCCCUUGUGAUACAGACUUUGCCUCAAAAGUGAAAUCUCUACCUCCUGGAUUUACUUCUACCAAUUGUGGCUCAAGCAAGGUUAGCUUCUCAUGCCAACAACAUCAGGUUUCAAGUGGCUCUACAAUGCGCAGCAAGGCUUCAUCAAAAACUAAGCAGCAGAUAAGUGGCUUUGUGGGGCUUGGUUCAAUGAAGUGUCAGCAGAAGAGAGCAAAGAAACUCCAUAAUCCUUUGCCAUGUAGCAUAAAGAGAAUGGCUGCAUCCCACCAUCACCAAAAACCUAUUUCUUCUGCUCAAGCUCCCAACAGCGAUGUAAUUGUAAUUGAUGACUCUCCUGGCAUUGAGGUUGAACCAAACAGAAGCAUACCUAGCCCGGUAGUAACUUCGCCACCAGCUUUUCCAGCUUCCAAUCUUAUUCCACCAUGGCCUUGCUCUUACUUGUCACCAAAGAACCCAUUUGUGUCAAGAGAGGUCUCUGGAAUGAUCAGGCCUGCCUCCAUCUCAUAUCCAAUGGCCAAUUCUUAUAUCCCUGUGAAGCAUGAUAGCACUUUAGAAGGCUCGGUUCCAUGCAGCUCUUAUAUGUUCCGAUCACCUUUGACAGCCCAUUUGACACCAUCAUUGCAUUAUAGUCGGACCUUGGAAUGAAACUAUCUCAUAGUGAAUGAAAUUAUCUUGAUCUGGAACUCAAAUGCAGUAUCCAAGGAAGGCUGACAUUUUUGCUCAAAAAAUUGGCCAUAAAGCUAGGACCUCCUCUUUGUGCAGACUGAUGGCUUAUUGAGAUGCAGGAUCGAUGAUGAGGACUGAAAGCAUGAAAGUGGAGAAACUGAAUUAUGGAGUUUUGUGAUUGUUUUGAUUGUCUUUUCAAAAGCAUGAAAGAUGAUGUUAAAUGUUGCGACUACCUUUCUGGAUCGAUGGUCUUAAUCUUGUUCAGAGUAUGUUUUAUGUGUAAGCUUGGAAUAUUCCAUGACUCUGAUCAGUUUACUGAAUGAGAGAAAUCUUUCAUGCA